AUGGACACCGAACUUACAGAAAGAGUGAUCAUCGACAUUGGGUCACAUAUGAUAAGAGCUGGGCUCUCAGGGCAUGAUUCUCCUAAAGUUCAAGAGCCCACUGUUGUUGGGAGGCCAAAGUUAGCAGCUGCUUUGUCCUUAGACAGCAAAGAUCUUUACAUAGGCCGCGAGGCUAUUGAAAAACAAGACAUUUUGCAGCUUUCACACCCUGUCAAAUACUCUCAAGUUCAGAACUGAGAUGAAAUAGAAAAGCUUUAUCAUCACAUUUUCUUCAAUGAGCUUCUAGUAGAUCCAAAUCAGCAUAAAAUCAUGAUAAUGGAGCCUCCACUAAACAAAAGAGCAAAUCGUGAAAAAAUCACUGAAAUCAUGUUCGAAACUUUUGGAGUCCAUGGACUUUAUGUAGCUAACAGCGCUGUUAUGUCACUUUUUGCGAGUGGGAGGACUACAGGACUAGUCAUAGAAAGCGGGCUUAAUGAAACAUCUAUUGUCCCGGUAUUUGAAGGGUAUGCACUUCCUUGUUCUACAUUAAAAUUAGGUAUCGGUGGAGAAGAAAUCACUGAUUUCUUAUUGACAAAUUUAAAAGAAAGAGGAAAUGAGCUUCCAAAUUCUAAGCAAAGCGAAAUUGCUCAAGAUAUCAAAGAGAAAUUGUGUUAUCUGUCUCCAGAUUAUCAACAAGAAUUAAAUAUUGCUUUGACUACAAGCUCUAUUGCAAAGGAAUAUGAAUUGCCUGACGGAAGAUCAAUAACUUUAACUGUUGAAAGGUUUAGAAGUCCUGAAAUUCUAUUCCAGCCUCUUCUUAUUGGAAAAGAUCAGCCAGGAAUUCAUGAAUUGUCUUAUAACGCUAUCAUGAAAUGUGACCAAGACAUCCGACGUGAAUUAUUUGCCAAUAUCAUUUUAAGUGGCGGUAGCACUAUGUUUCCCCGAAUAAAAGACAAAGUCCAACGCGAUAUCAAAGCGCUAGCUCCAAGCAACUUAGACGUGUUCGUAAAAGCUCCACCAGAGCGUAAACACCUAGCAUGGAUAGGUGGAGCCAUCCUAAGUUCUAUUGAUAAAUUCCGCAUGUGGAUUUCUCGGUCAGAAUUUGAUGAAUUUGGAUCUGCAGUCGUACAUAUCCCUAUCCCCUUAAAUUCUCAAAAUUUCAAAAUAUCUCUCCUAAUGUAAAAUACAUAGAAAAAAGCAUAGAAAAUGCUUUUAA